UAGACGUCACUCAGAGCUACUUUCUGCGCCACAUGUGUUGAACGAGUCGAUUUAUCUCUGUAGUUUUACUCAAAAACAUAUUGGAAUGGACUCAAAUCUUUAUGGAUAAAGACAAUAUUUUAUAAGAAACACUCUUUUAAUGUAAGAAUUACUGUUUUUGAAAAGUUGUGACAUGCAGUAAUGGCUCUCCUGGAGAAGAAUGACGUUACAACAAACCUAGAAACACAAGCUAUGGCCAGUGAAGAAGAGUUAACGUUAAAUGACCCUAAACCAGAGGAGGGGGAGAAAGCAAACUGUGUCCAACAUGCCGACCAGGAGAUGAACUGUGAAGAUGAUGAUGAUGAUGGUGGAGCUCUUGAAGCGGGGACUAAUGAAGAAGAUGUGCUUGAAAACCCAAAUGGCAAGAAACUUAUUCCAGGUAUCGUGUAUAUAGGACACAUCCCUCCGAGGAUGAGACCAAAACACAUGCGGAAUAUGCUGAGUGUGUACGGAGAGAUCGGCAGGAUCUUCCUACAGCCUGAAGAUCGUUGUGUAAAAAAUAAGAAAAAGAAGGCAGGGAGCAGAUCAUCCAGUUUCACUGAGGGAUGGGUGGAGUUCAGAGACAAGCGCAUCGCUAAGAGAGUCGCAACCACUCUGCACAACACACCCAUGGCCAACAGGAAGAGGAGCCAUUUCAGCAGUGACCUGUGGUCCAUCAAGUAUCUGCACCGGUUCCAUUGGUGCCAUCUCAGCGAACGAUUGGCUUAUGAGCAGACGGUCUAUCACCAGCGUAUGAGGACUGAAAUCUCCCAGGCGAAGAAGGAGACCAACUUCUACCUGGCUAGUGUGGAAAAGAGCCAGAAUCUGGAGAAACUAAAGAAGAAAAAGGAGAAGAAGGGAGAGGUUGUAGAGGAGAAGACAUGGGACUACAAACAGCGUUCUACAGAGGAAGAGAUCCACCUGAAACGGUUUAAGAACAAAGGCAUAUCCAAGAAGAACCUCAAGAAGGCACAAGAGAAGAGCAAAACCAUCCAGGACAAAGCUCAAUCAAACGUUUCCCUCCUGGCCAAGAUCUUCAGUAGUGGAAGGGCUCAGGAAUGAUGUGCUGAGAACAUUAAGGUUGCUGGUUUUGGUGAUACUGCAGACAGAGUGGGAUUGGCGAUUACCUCGGAUGCAUUUUUUUUUUCUUCUCGUAAUUGUUUGCAUACUUCUCAACAUUCAAUCUUUGAACAGAUGGAAACCUCUUGUAGAUCGUUCUGAUGGACAGUUUCAUAUUUUCAGAGUAAAACACUGCAUAACUCACACACGCCCCACUAUUGUGAAAACGGUGCUCUGUUUUCCCAUGAAAAGAGGCUUAAUGUCCUCUGAAAGCAUAAUAAAUUGUUUAUUCAUGAAA